AGUCUUAUCAUCCAAGUACUAUAAUGCGAAGCGAAGUUGAGCAUACUACCAAUAGUAGUAGUAGUAGCAGAACGGUAAAUAGGAGCCUUCCGUCGAACGCAGCAGCUGCCCCUAAGGAUAGGCCUGGUUACUCCGUCAAGACUGUCAUUACGUGUGUUGAUAACCGCCGCACUAUAUCUCGACAAGAGGUAUCAGAGGCCUGGAGAGCUCAGAUGUUCGCUGUUCUUGACGGGCUGGAGCCUCGAGAUCCGCUCCUGGUGCCUCUAUGGACGGCUAUAUUUAACGCGAUGACGGAGAACAGUCAUGCUAGAACACAGGAAACACCAGAGCAGCAAGAACAUUCUCAUGAAGUAACUGCUGAUAUCGACUCGUCAUGCUCUUCUCUAUCGUUAACGUCCAAGGAGACGAUUGAAGGCACACCAAUACGAGAAGCCACAGCCUGGAAAUAUCCUUCUGGUCAUGGGAUCGAUAACAGUGCCGAAGGAUCAUGUUCGCCGUCAGAAGAGGCUCCUGCGUGUUGCAGUCGACGAUCAUCUGCGUCUACAUCAGCCUCAGCGACCAAGUGUGUAUCCUUCGAUAACGAUGUGACCUUUUUCGAGUAGUUUGUCUGGUGUGUGUCACCAGUGUAGUUGAAGUAGGGAUUCCAUAGUUUACUAUCAAGGAUGCUGUAAAAUCGGCGUUCCUUGGUAGUAGUUCUUCACUUUUAGUCUCUUAUGGUUGCGAAGCCGUGGUGGAAAGAGGAACUGUAUACGUGCUCGUAGUCGUCGUACUGAUCAUUACCACUAUGGAAUUUGUUAUUGUGUAUUUUCCUGUCUCGACAUCAGUGGUCUGUCUUCGACACUCGUAUAAUACGGGUGAUCUCAGUAAGCGUAAGUGCAGUAUCUAUGGACACUCACUAUUCUCAAGUUAUAUAC